AUGCACGUGAAUAAUAGUGCUGCCAUAGGGACCACCACCUUUCAAGACCAAGGUGCAAGUAUCAUGUGGAAAGUGGACAUGAAGUUAUUCGACGCCGAUAGUGAUGUUUACGAAAACUGCACAAACGGAGAGUACAUUGAACUGAACUGGCACAUACACGUUGGAAAGUCUUUAGAUGAACAGGAAGUGGGUGCCGACUGCGGUGCUACCGUAGGUAGACCCCCAGUGGGUGGUCAUUACGAUCCUACAUUUGCCUGUGGACCAUAUACUGAGGAGGUAGAGGCUUGUGAGUCGCUUCAGCGUGUAGCAGGCGAGAGUUACAACUACACUUGCAGCCCUGAAGCAUAUGAAACGAACUCAUACGCCUGCGAGGUGAGAGACUAUUCGGGCAAAUUCGGCGCUCUGCGAUUCAGAAUUGACAAACUCGCAAACAUCGCGGAGAUCGAGACCAAGGAUAUCGAUGACUACGGACCCAAACUCAAUCUAAUCCAGGACAGGGCAGUUGUGUUUCACUGUGGAGUGCCCAGAGUAUUAUGUGGCACGCUAUCCAACGUUACUUCUGAGUGUACCCCAGCAAUCAAAGAGAAGGCAGAAGCAGAUGAUAUUUAA